GAAAUUUUCCAAAGUCAAUACCCAAUAUAUACAUGAUAAUAUUAGUAAGAACUAAAAUUGACAAUAGCCCCACCAUCCAUUGUCCAAUAAUAUAAAAACCAAUAUUUCAAUCUCACAUUAGUUUUCAAUAUCCCAUACCAACUAGCAAAGCCAUGACAUCAAUCCCAUGAUUCAUGGACAGAUCUGAUGUAGUAAUAAAAUACAGUUUUUUAUCUCGACUCUCGAUAUAAGAUCAGACGGUUCAUAUAAAAAAAUUGUCUUUUCCUAUUUCCUAUAUAAAAGAACAAGUAUACCAAAGAAAAAUUAAAAAGAAACAGUAACUCACAGAAUAAGGGUAUGUCCUGAGCUACAAGAUGAAGAAAGCAGAAGUGGUGAUUAUCCCUUCUCCUGGUGUAGGCCAUCUAGUUUCCACCCUUGAGUUCGCGAAGCUUCUAAUUAACCGUGACAACCGUCUCCGAAUAACUGUUUUAGUUAUCAAAUUUCCACAUACAACAGAAACUGAUGUAUACACAAAAUCACUUCCUAUCUCCGAUUCUCUCAACGUCAUCAAUCUUCCAGAUUGUUCUCUUCCACCAACCUCCAAACCAGGUCCAGCCAUGGCAUUUACUCUACUGGAAGCUCAGAAACAAAAUGUCAAAAAAGUCGUCUCCAACCUCACUACCGGAGAACAACAUGGACACCUUGCUGCCUUCGUUGUUGACAUGUUCUGCACCACCAUGAUUGAUAUUGCAAAAGAAUUUUCUGUCCCUGCGUUUGUGUUCUUCACUUCCGGUGUUGCUUUUCUUGGCUUGUGUCUUUAUAUUCACAAUAUGUUUGAACGAGAUAACGUUGAUUCCACUCAUUUUCUGCAACGCACAGAGUUGGCUAUCCCGAGUUUCGCUAACUUGGUUCCUACAAAAUCGUUGCCAGGUGCCGUGUUGCGCAAGGAAUUUGAGUCAUAUUUCAUGACCUAUGCAAAAGGUCUCAAGAAUGCUGAUGGCAUUAUUGUUAAUUCAUUUGAAGAGCUAGAAUCGCACGCGGUUCACUCAUUUUCCUCUCAUCCGGAUCUGGUUGGUUUACCGAUAUAUCCAGUGGGACCCAUACUAAACCUGGAACCCAAGACCAAGGGCACUGUUGAAUCUGCUGAUAUCAUCAAUUGGCUUGAUGAUCAACCUCCAUCCUCAGUAGUUUUCAUCUGCUUCGGGAGCAAGGGUUCUUUCGAUGAGGAUCAGGUUAAGGAGAUUGCCCUUGCUGUUGAGAAUAGUGGGGCCCGUUUCGUGUGGUCUCUACGUAAACCCCCACCGAAGGGUACCAUGGCUCCACCUUCUGAUCACCCGCUUUCUGAAUUGGUUUCGGUUUUACCUGAAGGGUUCUUAGAUCGGACGGCAGAUAUUGGAAGGGUAAUUGGAUGGGCUCCACAGGCCCAAAUACUAGGGCACCCAACUACAGGAGGAUUUGUUUCGCAUUGUGGUUGGAAUUCCACGCUCGAGAGUAUAUAUUUUGGUGUUCCCGUUGCCACGUGGCCGCUUUCUGCUGAUCAACAAACAAAUGCUUUUGAAUUGGUGACUGAGUUGAAGACAGCUGUGGAGAUUGCAUUGGAUUAUCGAGUGGACUUAUCUGGUGCGCCUAACUAUCUUUUAACUUCCGAUAAGAUUGAGAGAGGAAUAAGAAAUGUGUUGGAAAAGGAUGGAGAGGUAAGAAAAAAAGUGAAUGAGAUGAGUGAAAAAUGCAGAAAAACUUUGUUAGAGGGAGGAUCUUCCUACAAUUAUUUAGGUCAUUUAAUUGAUAAUAUUAUAAAUCAAGUAUCAAAUUAAAUUAUCCUGGUGCUCAAUUUCAUAAAAGUUAGAGGCUAUUGGUGUAAUUAUCAACAUAAAGCAAUCCAAUAAAGUUUUCUUUCUCUUC